AUGAGCACCACCUUCCUUCAGAGCUCUUCUACCUAUGGGGGUGGCUUUGGUGGGGGCUCCACUCGGGGAACCUCUCUCCUGGCUGGUGGUACAUAUGGAGGGGGAAGUCUUCUUGGGAGUGUUGGUCAGAUUUCUGCCUCCUCAGAUAGGUUUGGGUCUGUAGGGGGCUACGGUGGUAGAAUGAGCUAUGGCUUUGGUGAAGGGACUGGUGGUGGUGUCGGUGGAGGGGUUUAUGGAGGUUAUAGAGGAGGCUUGGGCAGUGGCUUUGACUUGGGUGGUGGAGAUGGUGGCUUCUUGACUGGCAAUGAGAAAACCACCAUGCAAAACCUCAAUGACCGCCUGGCAUCCUACCUGGACAAAGUGCGGGCUCUGGAGGAGGCCAAUACUGAUCUUGAGGUUAAGAUCUGAGACUGGCGUCUGAAGCAAAGUCCCACUAACCUUGAACAGGAUUACAGUCCCUAUUUCAACACCAUCAAUGAGCUCCAUGAUGAGAUCCAGGAAACCACCAUUGACAACCAUUGGAUUGUUUUGGGGCUUGACAAUUCUCGGCUGGCUGCUAAUGACUUCAGACUCAAGUAUGAGAAUGAGCUGAGCCGAUGUCAGAGUGUGGAGGCUGACAUCAAUGGCCUGCACAGGUUAAUGGAUGAGCUGACCCUGGCCAAGACUGAUCUGGAAACACAGGUUGAGAACCUGAAUGAGGAGCUGGACUACCUCAAGAGGAACCUUAAGGAGGAAAGGAAAGAGUAUAAUAACCAGCCAAUGGGCCAGGUCAAUGUGGAGAUGGAUGCAGCCCCAGGGGUGGACCUGACCCAUGUGCUUUCUGAGAUGCGAGAGCAGUAUGAAGCCAUUGCCGAGAAGAAUCGUCGAGAUGCUGAGGCCUGGUUCUUUAGCAAGACGGAAGAACUGAACAAAGAGGUAGCUUCCAGCGCUGAGAUGAUCCAGACCAGCAAGACCGAGGUCACUGACCUGAGAUGCACGCUCCAGGGCCUGGAGAUUGAGCUUCAGUCCCAGCUCAGCAUGACGCUUUCAUGCUUUACAAACCUCCAUCGCUUCAUCCGCUAUGCUACCCAACUGCAGCAGAUGCAGGGGCUGAUUAGCAACACUGAGUUCCAGCUGGGUGAGCUCCGCAAUGAGAUGGAAAGUCAGAACCAGCAGUACGAGACUCUCCUGAACAUCAAUACCCGGCUGCAGCAGGAGAUCGCCACAUACCACAAUCUGCUGGAGGGCCAGGACUCCAAGAUGGUUGGCUUCAGUACCAGAGCAGAUUCCCUUAGUGGAGGAGGUGGUAAUGGUAGCAGCAGCAGCAGGGUCCACAUCACCAUGGAGGAAUCAGUGGAUGGAAAGGUGGUUUCUUCCCAAAAAAGGGAAGUUUAA